UUCAGACCGAGCCCCCGGUUGAAAGCAGAGACAGGAAGCCGUACCUUCAUCUCCUCGUUUAUUUCCCUCUUGACGGGCAUUUGAAUGGCCCGUUCAGGAUGAGUCGGGCUGGGGAGCGUGUGGGCUUUCACGGGCGGCUCUGUGCAUUGAGCAGUGCUGCUGGAUUUUCAGGAUCAGCCAAUGACUUUCUCUGGGUGUACCCCUUUUACUUCCAGCCUGGAUUCACGGAGAACAUUUCAUUUGCGAAGUUUAAAAAAAACAUAGAUACCUCCAAGUCCCAACGCCAUGCUAUUGUCUCUGAGAAGAAUGAUCCACCCUGCUCUGGUUGGUACUUUUUGCGGAAGUCAAAUGUCUUACGCCACUGCAUCCCCUUCCUCCUGGACUAAAGUUGUAUCUGAGGCGGAAAAGAUUGUAGGAUACCCAACCUCCUUCAUGAGUCUCCGCUGCCUGCUCAGUGACGAGCUGAGUAACAUUGCUCUUCAUGUCAGGAAAUUGGUUGGGACAAGACAUCCUUUAAUAUCCACGGCAAGGGGAUUUGUCUACGACAGCAGUAACAGUCUUCAACUGCGAGGUCUUGUUGUUUUAUUGAUGUCAAAAGCAGCUGGACCUGGCAAAACAGCUGAUCCUGUACUUGAUGGUGACCUGGUCAGUGGAAUCUACCCCAGUCAGCGGAAUCUGGCUGAAAUUACAGAACUGAUCCACACAGCUUUCCUCGUGCAUCGUGGUAUAGUGAAUAUUAUGGAGGUGACCUCGUCCCAUGGAUCACUGAAGGAUAUGCAGUUUGGCAAUAAGAUGGCGGUCCUGAGUGGAGACUUUCUUCUGGCAAAUGCAUCCACAGGCCUUGCUCAGUUACAGAACACUAAGGUUGUGGAGCUUGUAUCAAGUGCAAUUGGAGACUUGGUUCAAGGCAUAUAUUACGAAAAUGCUAGAACUGAUGAGGAGAAAGUUACUGAUGACAUCCUGAUGAGUAACUGGGAGAAGCGGAUAUUUUUAUCCCAUGGUGCUUUGCUGGCGAAGAGUUGUCAAGGUGCAAUGCAACUGGCGAAUCAUGACACGGAAGUUCAAGAAAUGGCAUUUCAGUAUGGAAAACACAUGUCUUUAGCUCACAAACUGAACUCUGACCUUCAGCCAUUUGUUGCGGAAACCUUCUGUGACACGAUGCCUUUUUGUCUGAACUCUGCCCCAGUCAUCUUACAUCAGGAGGCUUCGGGUCGAGACGCUUGGAUUAAUCAACUUAAAAUGGCUAAAGUAAAUGGCAAACAAGCUGAUUAUGCCAAGCUGCAUCAAAUAAUCAAAACUGGGAAAGGUGUGAGUUCAUCUCUUGAUUUAUGCCGUUACCAUGGAAAGCGGGCUUUGGAAGCCCUCCGAUUCCUCCCUACUUCUGAAGCCAGAUCAACUCUGGAAAAGAUUGUUAACGCUGUGACCAAAUUCUGAAAGGAAAAAUCUCACACGCAGCAAAAUCAAACGAUAAUCUAUCUGCAGAAACUGUCGGUGAGACCUGCUACUUAAUCCGUCUUUCAAAAAAGAAAUGAAUGGUUUGUACUGACAGAAAUGUUGCAAAGCGAUAAGAGAAAGGUUUUUUUUAAGAAAUCAGCGAAACAACGCAGGUUCACAAAGUCUUUUCCCCUACCUCUCCUUGCAUGCCUGUAAACAAAUUUGUAGAAAGGUCAAACAGUUUUCCCUUGUUAAGGCAGAAGCACACAGGAGGCAGCAAGGGCAGAAAUAAUUAAUGAGAUUUGCUGCUGUGACCUCAGCAAAUGGACAGGAAAUAAGGCCGUAUUGAUUGGACGCAACCAAGGAUGGCGCCACACUGGUGGCCUGUGGUUUUCCCCUACACUUGGAGGACGGAGCUUGGGGCAGGCUCGGGGGGAGACUUACAGUGAGACUGGAGGUGUUGCGAGAAACACUUCGUAACCUGCCUGAUGGAUCUGCCAUAUCUGAAUAAUAGUCCAAUUUAUCACCAUGCAGGGCAAUUGCAAGGAUAGAGAUUUUGCCUGGAGCUGUGCAAACAGUAUAGCAGCUCAAAAGAUGGUAAACUGUCAAAGCUCCUACUUGUGAAUUGUGUAAAAGAUGGUCUUUUGAAUUAAAAUGUUGAACUUCUUAAAAACAUUACAGUGAUCAUUCAAUUUGAUUUCUUUUCACCAUUUUUUGUACUGUUGAUUUGUCUUUUGGUAUUUCCCAUUUAUUCGGAAAGCCCAGGUUUUUACCUUCAACCAAGUGUUACUCUUAACAGUGUAAUAUUACAGCAGUAAAUAGAUAAUUUGUUUAUUAAUUGAUCAAGAUAGUAGUUUUAUUAAUUAGGGCGUGCCUGAUCUACGUGUUUCCAAGAAAACCAUUUUGUAAUUACAU